AUGACCAAAUGGAAAUUGCAAAGUAAACGGUUCUUGUCUCUGGGUGCCGAUAUGAAGGCUAUUGGUUCGAUUCCGAAAAAUCAGUAUAAGCACGAUAACAAUUCGCCUUUUUGCAGAUCAAAUCAUGUUGUACCUCAGACAAACGAUCUUAACCAUGCAUUUUACUCUCCAAAUGUGGCGGAAUGCGUGUCUUUGUGUAUGACAGAAGUAAGGCCUUCCCUGCUUGAUGGACUACCUGUUAUGCCGGCUAUUAUUACACACCCAAAAAAUUUGACAAAGAUCCUGGUAAAUGCAAGAUGCGAGUUUGAUACGGUUCGCGGUGUAAGUAAAUGGAUCACUGAUUUAAGAGAAAAGUCUGUUAACGCCAACAAAUUAGCCAUUAUCGAGGCAAACAGUAAUUCUGAAAAUGUACGCCCGACUAAAUUGAAUUUAGAACAAAAGAAUCAAUUAGAGCAGGCUUUAUUUGACGCUUCUGGGGCUACAAAACCUUCUUUGAGAGUGGGUAAGAUUCUUCAGGGUCUGGAAAACCUGCAAAAUCGUUCAAACGACCAAAAAUUAUUCAGUGAAGAAGUCUUUUUAUGCCUAAUGCAGGACUAUUGUCGUUCAGAAUCAGAUUUAAUAGCGAUUUUAAAUUGUGCGGCUAAAUUUCUGACUAUUGACAUUGAUCAAGUAGCCGUCGCAGAACUAAUUCUGUUGCAAGCGCUUUAUUCGAUCGAAAAAUUUGACUCCCAACCGACUCCGGAGCUUGCCUCUAGUGUCACUCAAUUUCUGCAUGCAAUUGGAGACCGCUUUAACGCCCAGCAUUAUUUACUGUGCCAGGAUGCUAAGAUUUCUCAGGAGCUUUUAAAAUUCAUGGUGAGCGUCAACAAUCUGAAUGACAGUAAAUUUAUAAUGAGCGAUCUCAUCGGAAGAGGGCUUUGUCCAAACAAGGAUUUGAUUGAGACGUAUUUGAACUUAGUCGACAGCGCAUAUCCCUCAAAAAAUAAUCGCGAUCAAAUUUUAAGAAGAUUUGCCUACAUUUCAGACUUUUUGCCGGUGUUCCGCACAGUUUUAUCUCCUAAGAUCGUUCAUCAUUUGAUAUCGAAUUGCCGUCAUUUUAAUGAAGUGGGUAGUCUCUUAGAAUUAAUUGAAAGCUCGGAUUUGAGCGAUACUCUUCUCACAGAAAGUUUGCCUCACUUCAUUGAGAGAGUAGGAUCUCUGACCAGGGAUAAACUUCAAAAUUCGAUCGGACUAAAUUCACUAUAUCAUCGCGUCAUUAAUGUCAGGAUAAGCUUACCUCUUGAUGACAUCCAGCGCGAAUUUGCAAUGCAGUUCGCACUCAAUGAUAACUUUUCAAUGGUUGGAUUCCUUUUGAAUGAGAUUCAAAAGCCUCCAGCUCCUCAAGAAUUACGCAAUUUGCUGGGCGCAAUCAAUCAAAAAUCAGACGGCGCCAUAAAUGUCGUUGGAUUCAAUAAACAUAGCAGGCAGCAACUAGAAAACAUCAUAAAAUCUGCCAACUAG